AUGGCGUCCUCCCAGGGAACUGUCAAUUCUCUGAUAAACUGUGUUUUUUGUGGGUUUUGCUGUGUUUUCAGGCUGCUGCCCAAACACAAGCUGCUCCGCAGGAAGUCUCACGUUGAUGACAUCGUCACACCGCAGGACCAGCUGCUGUCUCCACGGGGUGAAGAGAUCUCAGAGCAGGAAGAUCCACGUGACUCCAGACCUGAACCAGGACCAGAAGACCAGCAGGACCCCGGGGACCCAGAAGACCAGCAGGCCCCUGAAGACCAGCAGGACCCCGAAGACCAGAAGAAACCUCUCCACAUCGUCUGGCCACACAGGUGGGAACACGACAAGAACCCCGAGCUGCUGUUCUCCACUCUGAUCAAACUGAAGGAGAGACGAGCCAACUUCCAUCUGUCAGUGUUAGGAGAGACUUACACUGAUGUACCAGAGGUCUUCGGGGAGGCGCGGCGCGUGUUGGAGCAACACAUCCUGAACUUCGGCUUCCUGUCCAGCAGAGAGGACUUCCUGCGGGUGCUGUGUGACGCCGACGUGGUCGUCUCCACCGCCAAACACGAGUUCUUCGGAGUCGCCAUGGCGCUCUCACACCUGAAAGUCUGAACCAAGGUCCAGGUUUUUGUUCCAUUGUAACGUUUGAUCAGGUAAGUUUUGGUUUCACCUCUACGACUAAAGACCUCUACGCCCUAAAGACCUCUACGCCUAAAGACCUCUACGCCCUAAAGACCUCUACGCCCUAAAGACCUCUACGACUAAAGACCU